AUGCCAACAGAAGCGACGUUGCACGGAAGACUUCCACUCGAAACAUGGGACAACGUCGUCGACCAUCUCUGGAACGAUCGCCGGGCGCUCACGGCAUGUAGCCUUACCUGCCACGCCCUGCUGCCCGCUUCUCGAUAUCAUGCGUUCUACUACGUCUGCCUCCACGAUGCGGCUCGUUAUCAUUCUUUUGUAGCCCUUCUCUCCGAGAACAACUACGUGCAACGAUACGUCCGUGCGCUCGCCGUGCACGGUUACGGCUGGACCGACAGCGAACAUCAGAUGUUUCCGUCUAACGGACAGUGGCUCGACCUCCUUCCAAAGCUGGAUCGGCUCUGGCACCUUUGGCUGCGUCAGUUUACUUUCUACAUCCCUCCUGAACUGAGGGGCACGACAGGCUCCCUCGUACGGGGUAUACGGGCGCUGGAUCUGACGUUGAUGGCAAGUGAAGCAGACGAUCUCGCUUCGCUGAUCCGUGCCUGUGGUGCCCUGUCCACCCUAAUAUACCGCUCACCUGCCUCACCAUGCGACAUGUCGGCUCUAGCAUCCCCAACGCACGACGUGCGGGACUGCACCAUCGGUACGUUGAUCUGGCAGCCCGAAACCACUCCCACAGGACAGCGCAGUUCCCUGGCUGCGCUCACCGAAUGGCUUGAGCGGGGGAAGCAGCCCUUACGGAGACUGGCAGUGACGCGGAUCCAUGCAAAAUCCUCGCCCCUUGUGGUGGUGCAAAAAGUACUCGAUGCCUCUGGCGACUCGCUGGAACACCUAUUCCUCGAGUUCGCUGAUUUGAUAGACGACCACAGCACCCCACCCCUCAUUGACCUCAGAAACAACACUCGUCUCAAGACGUUGCACCUUGCAGUCCAGAGCCCCAACCUGCUCGACAUCACCCACAUGUUGUCCAUACCUAGCUCCCGCGACGCGUUGGGUCACCUCACCUCUCUCAACUUCCGCAUCGUGACCCACAAGGACUCCAUGGACCAAUUAGCCUCAGACUGGGUGCGAUUCUGCAUCGGGCUCAACGACCUCUGUCUUACCCAUCCCCUUCUCAACUGCACACUUGGCAUCGAUCUCCGCAAUCUGUGGCGCCAUGCCAUCCCCUCCGCGUCCCUUCCUGAACUAAGCCAGAGCAUAACGGGACUUCAGACACAGCUGGUCUGCAGCCUUAUGCUGUCGCUCCCGCGCCUCAGUCGGGUAGGAGGCCCCGGGAGAUUACGGUUCGGUGUGGUCUGGAUGUGGGCCGGCGGCGAUGCGUUCUUCCAGAAGGCCCCCAACGGACGGUGGUACCCGCCGGAGUACUUCCUCGGCGAUCCGGAAUGGUAUUACAAGGCUCAGGCGCCCUGGGAAUUCUAGGGCUAGGCAUGUCACUAUGCCUGGAUAUAGUACCUACGAGCGGCUCAAUGGUUGCUUAUCAGGAUGUGAUUCAUACUGUGAAGAGAAAUACGGGGUCGAAGAUACGUGACAAUCAUUUUCGAGCCAAGUAAUCGUCCAGAAUGCCUCGUUAUUAUGUUUCGCGGCCGUACAUCGCAAGCGAAUGCAUUGACGCUUUCCAACUCGAGGACACGCUUUCAGUACUUUUAUCAUCAUUGACUUCACCGCUGUUGGGAUAUGUUCUGAAGUUCGUAUAUAUAUCCAAACUGGCACCGGAGGGCUUUCUCUCGUGCGCGGCGUGUCACUCACUGAGUAGUUGAGUUGCGAGUUGUCAUCAGGAUACAAUCAACAAACAGACGUAGCAUUUUCCGC